CAGUGGAUCCUAGAGAGUCAGUCAGUAAGUCAAUGUGUCCGGGUAGGUCUAAGUGGUGAGGAGUGGGACAUUGUCGUGCACCUAACACCACGAUGGAUGACUAUCCGAUGUAUGGGAUGCUUGUUGGGUUCUCCCUCUGGGGGACCCUCUGGCGUCUCCUCUUUCCUCUGGGGUUCUGGCACGCGAUGACGUGUAGAGUAGACACCCGGGGUGGUACUUCCACCAAGCCAUAUUCGAAGGAGGAGGAGGAGAAGAUGGCCGCCAUUCUGAGGGAAAGGAAGGAGAAGAGAGAGGCCAAGAAGAAGGCCCUACCGGAGGAGCAGGCGGCCAAGUUGAGAAAGAUCGAGGAAGAGAUGGCCAGAGAGAAGGAGAGAAUCAUGAAGGAAGAGGAGGCGAAAUUGAAAGAGGUGGACGAGGAAGAGGAGGAAGGACCGCCACUGCAAAGGAGGAGUGGACAGCACAGUGGCAGCAAAGACGAGGAGAUGGAGAAACGGAUUUCGAAGUGGGUCGCCAACUUAUCCUUGGGUGAAGAGGAAGAGGUUGCGAUGUACAUCCCCAAGGAUGAGCAAGAAGCCGCUAUGAAAAAAUGGGAAGCAGAAGAAGAUGUUCUGACGCGGCGGGCGAUGGAAGAUGAAUAGAGGAUGGCGUGGAAGCUCGCAAUGAUGAGGGAGAAGAAGAGAAGAGUGGAGGCGGCGAAUGCAGCAAUACAGGAAUUGGAGGUGCAGAAAUUGAGUUUACAGUUGACACCCCAGGCCGGUGUCUAGACAGUUGUCCAGAGACUGCUUGUGUUAGGGUCUCUCUAGACACCUCCCUCACAAGCGUGGCCGAAGAGUUGAAGGAGAGGAGGCCGCCUGGGCCAAGAUGAGGAAGGAGAAUAAAGGGCAACUGAUCUU